GCCACGACCCCACGGGCAGCGUACGUAAGAGGUGACGCAGCCAUGCAGCACUACGGAGUGAAUGGAUAUUCUCUCCACGCCAUGAACUCACUAAAUGCCAUGUACAAUCUCCACCAGCAGGCGGCGCAGCAUGCCCAGCACGCGCCCGACUACCGGCCGUCCGUGCACGCGCUCACGCUGGCAGAGAGACUGGCUGACAUAAUCCUCGAGGCCCGGUAUGGCUCCCAGCACAGGAAGCAGCGGCGCAGUCGCACAGCCUUCACUGCCCAGCAGCUGGAGGCCCUGGAAAAGACCUUCCAGAAGACCCACUACCCUGACGUGGUGAUGCGCGAACGCCUGGCCAUGUGUACCAACUUACCAGAGGCCCGUGUGCAGGUGUGGUUCAAGAACCGCCGCGCCAAGUUCCGCAAGAAGCAACGCAGCCUGCAGAAGGAGCAGCUCCAGAAACAGAAGGAGGCCAACAGAGAGGGAGGUGACGAGGAAGAGGUCAAGACCCCCGACCCUUCCACCCAGACAUCUCCAUCGCCACCCUCCCUCUCGGAGACCAUGCGGCCCCAGCCUGUGGAGAUGAGUGUGGAGGUGAACAUCACCUCCCCGGAGGCCUCGGACAGCGAGUCGGCUGCAGAGGACAACGGUGAUGAGGAGCUGAAGUGGGAGAGGCUGCAGGAUACUCAUCAGCAUCAGCAUCAGGGGGAGGUGCAGCAGGGCGGUGCAGGGCUGCAGCCGGGAGGAGGAUCUCCAUCCUGCAAACGCUUCAGCCCUACACCAGACUCUCCCUCCCUCCCCUCCUCUAGCGGUGGUAGCAGUUGUGUGUCCCAAGGCUCCUAUGCCUCGUCCCCCCUCAGCCUCUUCCGUCUGCAGGAGCAGUUCCGCCAGCACAUGGCUGCAACCAACAACGUGGUCCACUACCCCUCCUUCGACAUGAGUACCCCCUCCUCCCUGCCCUACCUGGGCAUGAACGUCAACAUGCCCUCCCCCCUGGGCUCUCUGCCCUGCCAAUCUUACUACCAGUCCCUGUCCCAGGCAUCCAUGUCCCAAGUGUCCAUGUCUCAGGCCCAGCAGGUGUGGAACAGCCCCUUGACGGGUCUCCAGGCCCCUCCGAGCAGCCUACCCAGCCUCAACAGCAAGACCACCAGCAUCGAGAACCUGCGUCUGAGGGCCAAGCAGCAUGCUGCCUCCCUGGGCCUGGACACGCUACCCAACUGACCCCCUGGACACGCUACCCAACUGACCCCCUGGACACGCCACCCAACUGACCCCCUGGACACGCUACCCAACUGACCCCCUGGACACGCCACCCAACUGACCCCCUGGACACGCUA